AAACAAAUAAAUGAAUAACCAAAGUUUGUAAAUAAUUGUCAAAGCUUUUAUACACAUCGAUUAAUAUCUCUAAUCGUUUUCCAAGUUACGCUAAAACAUGGCAUCACAACAUUUUUCUUGUGGCCAAAAUGUCGAUGAUAAUGAUGAGAACAACAACCACGAUGACAGAGGUGGAUCAAUACUAGAAAUAGUUAUUUCCGAUCUGCCUAAAUCGAAUGGUUGGAGAAAAGAUGGUUUAAUUUUAUACCAAAAUUGUUGGUUCCCAUUCCAUGUCCUUCCCAAUGUUCUUGCCUUCCAAAAAAAUUUUAUACCCAAAGACGACGAUAUAAUUAUGACUUCUUUUCCUAAAUCAGGCACCACUUGGCUUAAAUCCCUCCUGUUUUCCAUUCUCAACCGCCGAAACUAUAACAACAAUAAUCCGCUACUCACCACUGUCCCUCACCACCUCGUGUCCUUUUUCGAGUUCCAAAUUUAUGCCAAUUAUCCCCACAAUCUCCACAACUUCACUACUAUGCCAAGUCCUCGUUUGGUGUCCACACACAUUCCUUACGCAUCUCUUCCCGAUUCGAUUUUGAAAGUUUCUAAGUCUCGAAUUAUUUACAUCAGUCGAAACCCUCUUGAUGUAAUCGUGUCUUUAUGGUAUUAUGCAAGUGGUCAUCCGGACCGUCUCUCGGACGAGUGGACUAUUGAAUAUUUUGUGGACAAGUUUUGUAAGGGAGAGACUGAAUUCGGGAGUUAUUGGGACCAUGUUUUAGGGUUUUGGAAAGCAAGCUUGGACAGACCUGAGAAAGUGUUGUUUUUAAAAUACGAAGACUUAAAAGAGAAGAGUGUUUGUCAACUUAAAAGGGUUGCGGAGUUCAUAGGUCUUCCUUUUUCCCAAGAGGAAGAGAGUGAGGGAGUUGUUGAGCAAAUAAUGGAUAUGUGUAGCUUAAACAAAUUGAAGAAUUUGGAUGUGAAUAAACACGGUGAAUUUAAGCCUAAGUUGCACAAUAAACUUUUCUUUAGAAAAGGUCAAAUUGGUGAUUGGAUUAAUCAUCUUACUCCAUCUAUGGCAGAGCGUGUGAAUCAAAUAGUUGCAGAAAAAUUGAGUGAUUCUGGCCUAUCAUUCAGAAUGUCUUAGUAACUAAUCACUUAGAUAUAUUCUAGUUAAAAUUUAAUUAAUGCAUAUUAAAUGUUGCAUGCAUUUACCAUGAUUAAGUACUUUGUGUGAUAGCUUUAAUAUUAUGUGUUUAUCAAUUAUUUGAGCUAUAUCUUAAUUUGUAAUAUUCACAAAAUGUAAUGUACAUGUAUCUAAAAGUUAUUAAUUA